ACAAGAAGAUCUCUCCAAAGAUUUCUUCCUCCAAAACUCAGCUAUUUAGGACUAUUGUACUAUAAACUGAGAAAAUGGAGGAAAUAGCUUCAUUAUGGAACUAUGAAGAGCUGCAGGCUAUUGAUGAAUUGAAGCAAAGGCUUUUGUGCACUAAUCUUGAACUGGAACAGUUGAAGGUUGAAACGUGCGAGGAAACAAGAAAGAGCAAUGAAUAUGUGAAGCAACUGAUUCAUCUUGUGAAGAUAGCUUUCAGGGAAAGAGAUGAAGCUCGAGAUCAGCUUCAGAAGCUGAUGAUGAAUAAUGUGAAUUAUCCCAUAAUAACCGCCAAUUCAUGCAUUACAGAAUCCAACAGUUUCUCUGAAACCUUCAAUAAUAAUAAUAAUAAUAAUAAUCACCACUCUCACGGCUCUUCCCCGGCGGCGGCCGAGUCGACCUUCUUGAAAGUGGGUUCCUCCCCGGAACUCUCGAAUCUUGAUUAUAACGCCGCCAUGGCGGCGGCGGCGGCGGAUGUGAAAAUCGAGAGUCUUGUGAAGGGAAAGCCUUUGCCGGAGAAAGGGAAGUUUCUGCAGGCCGUUCUUGAAGCGCCGCCGCUCCUCCAGACGCUUGUUGUGGCGGCGCCACUCCCUCGGUGGCGCAAUCCGCCGCAGCUUAAAUCCUUCCACAUCCCACCGGUUUCCAUCAGAGGCGGCGAAUCUGAGAUUUCACACCCACACCCGUACUUUGAGAUGUCGACAAAUACUAUGUUAAAUAAUGUCGGGAAUUUUCCUUCUGCGACUCUUCUUGGUAGCCAGAUGAUGAUAUCUGCAGGUAAUUAUGGGCAUCCAGGGAAGCGGCAAAGAUUCAUGUGAAGAAUUUGAAUGAUGGGUCCACACUGAUUUUGUAUAAAAGACAUUAUAUUGAUUCAGAACUUGAAUAACAUUAUAUUAUUUUCUUGAUUUUAUCAAAUACAGUUCAGGUUUUUAGAGAAUA